AUGGAUCCCAACGUGCUCUCCCUCUGCGAUGAGAUCCUCGAGCGGAUCGAUCGGCUCCGCGACGACUCCGGCGAGCGUUGGGAGCGGUGGGAGCGCCGCUUCGAGGAAGUCACCACCGAGCGCCAGGAGCAUGACGAGGCCGUAGAUCGACGGAUCAAGUCGCUGGAGGACUUCGCAGCCGCGCAGUACACCGCCGCGGUUGUCUCCGACAACUGGGGCGCCCACUUCGACGAGCGGGUCUCCGAUCUCGAGCAGCGGAUGAUGGAUCUCGAGCUGAUCCGCAUCCACGAGAUCAACGACGAGCGGGACGACCGUGUGGCUGCCGUCGAGGGCGCGGUCGGCGAAAUCAACGACUGGCGUCCGGGCGUGGAUGGACUCAUCGACGCCCUUCGCUGGGAAGUGAAGAAGCUCCGUGCAAGCGGAGGUGGUGCUGUCGAGGCGCUGCCCACAUCGGGCCCCCUCCAUCAGCACGGGUUGGUCGCCGCGCGCUCACCUGCCGGGACAACGACCGACUGGCCCAAGGGGCACGGCGUCGAAUCGACUACACGGGCGAAGAGCUACGGUGUGGUCACCACCGUAGCUCCGACCCCGGCCAAUGGUAUGUGCCGGAGUUCCCGUCCUCCUCUUCCCCCAAACCCCACCUUCACUGUCGUGGAGUGCCACCCCAAUUUUUCCCCAGAUCCCCUCCCACCCGAUCCACCCUUCCAUUCCCCUCACCUAGGCCAAUUACCUAAAAUGCAUUUUCCUCAAUUCGACGGUACCACCCCACAGCUUUGGAUUACCCACGCUGAAUCCUAUUUUGAUAUGUACUCUGUUGAUCCGUCCGUGUGGGUGCGUGUCGCUUCAAUGCAGUUCGUUGGUCCUGGCAAACGUUGGAUUCAGUCCAUAGCCCACCGUCUCGCCCAAGUCAGCUGGACUGAGUUUUGCAUCCUGCUCCGUGAGCGUUUCUGCCGCGAUCAACAUGAACUUCUCCUGCGCCAACUCUUUAACAUCCGUCAGACUGCUUCAGUUCAGGAAUAUGCCGAUCAAUUUGUCGAUCUCGUUGAACAACUCUCGGCUUACUCCACCCACCCAGAUACUCUCUCCUACACUACCCGUUUUAUCGAUGGCCUCCGCGACGAUAUCCGUUCAGUGGUUCUUAUUCAGCGUCCUGUCGAUUUGGAUUCUGCUGUUUCCCUCGCGUGUUUGCAGGAAGAGGCGGUCGAGCCAUCGCGCCGUCACCAAUAUCGCCGAGCGGAUGCACCGGCACAACACAAGUCGGCGUCCUCUCGGGCGCCCCUGCAGCUGGGAGCCCCACCUCAGCGCAUGGCGUUGCCUGAUCCUCCAGCGCCAUCGGAAUCUCGGCGUCCACCUGAUGAUCGCCGCCAAGAACAUCGCCGUACUUCAGUGGAUGACAAGCUGCAGUCGCUCCGCUCUUACAGAAAGGCGCGCGGUCUCUGUAUGCGCUGUGGUGAGAAAUGGCACCACGGUCACAAAUGCUCCCCAGCCCUGCAGCUCCAUGCUCUUCAAGAAGUUUGGGAUCUCUGUGAAGACUUGUUCACCGAAGACAGUCAUACAGAAUUAGAUGAUACUCCAGCUGAGGAUCAUUCUUUUAUGUUAUUGUCGGCUGCUGCAGUUUCCCAGACCUUCCAUCCCCGCACACUUCAGUUUGCCGGCAAAAUACAAGGGCACAAUAUCAACAUUCUGCUGGAUUCGGGCAGCACAAAUUCUUUCCUGGAUGCCAAUUUUGCAGAAAAAUUAUCUGGAGUGACAUCCUUGUCUGCUCCAACCACUGUCAAAGUGGCCGAUGGUGGUGCCGUUCCUUGCACCAGUCAUAUUCCGUAUGCUGAGUGGUCUAUCCAGGGAUAUACUUUUCAUUCCACCCUCAAGUUUAUACCCAUUGGCUCAUAUGAUAUGAUUUUGGGUAUGGAUUGGUUGCAGGCUUUCUCCCCCAUGAAGGUGCAUUGGCUUCAGAGAUGGGUCCAGAUUCCCUACGGUCCUGACAAUAUCAUAUUGCAGGGUGCCUUGCCUGAGCAGAUGGGGUGUUCUCUGGUGUCUGUCAACCUCCUGCCUGCAGAAGAAACUGUUUCGGUCUCGGAUCUUCCUUCUGUUCCACCUGAGAUUCAGUCUUUGCUCCAGCAAUACAGUCAUUUGUUCCAAGUUCCAGCAGAGCUGCCUCCACGCCGUGCUUGUGAUCACACUAUACCGCUGGUCCAGGGUGCUCAACCGGUGUCUGCCCGACCAUAUCGGUACUCUCCUGCCCUCAAAACUGAAAUUGAAACCCAAGUCAAUGAUAUGUUACAAAAUGGGUUUAUCAGACCAAGUACUAGUGCCUUCUCUUCUCCGGUGCUUCUGGUUCGGAAGAAAGAUAACAGUUGGCGUUUUUGCGUGGAUUACCGCCAGCUCAAUGCAUUGACAGUGAAAAGCAAGUACCCCAUUCCUGUUAUUGAUGAGCUUCUGGACGAGUUGUCAGGUGCCAGUUGGUUCUCUUGCUUAGACCUGCGGGCCGGGUUCAAUCAAAUUCGCCUCGCGCCUGGAGAAGAACACAAGACUGCAUUCCCGACCCACUGUGGACAGUUUGAAUAUACUGUGAUGUCGUUUGGGUUGACAGGAGCUCCAAACUCGUUCCAAGGGGCUAUGAAUACAACGCUGCAUCCCCUUCUCCGCAAGUGUGUGCUCGUCUUUUUCGACGACAUUCUUGUCUACAGCGCCACGUAUGCAGAUCAUGUCCAACAUUUGGCUCAAGUUUUUGAACUUCUUUCCCAGGAUCAGUGGCUGGUUAAACUGUCCAAGUGCAGCUUUGCUAAGCAGUCCAUCAACUACUUGGGACAUGUUGUCAGUGCCGCUGGGGUUUCUACAGAUCCUACCAAGAUAGCAGCAGUUCAAGCUUGGCCUACUCCAACUGAUGUCAAACAGCUGCGCAGUUUUCUGGGCCUUACCGGCUAUUAUCGCAAGUUUGUGCAGCACUACGCAGUCAUCGCUCGGCCGUUGACAGACCUACUCAAGAAGGGUACCCUGUUCAUUUGGACUCUCAACCAUACGACUGCUUUCAACACUCUGAAGCAGGCACUUACUGAGGCUCCGGUCCUGGCUCUGCCAGAUUUUUGUAAGCCAUUUCAGCUCCAGACCGAUGCAAGUGACACUGGAGUGGGUGCAGUUCUCCUGCAGAAUGGACAUCCUCUAGCAUUUGUGAGCAAAUCGUUGGGACCCAAAACUCGUGGGUUAUCUACAUAUGAGAAAGAGUACUUGGCCAUUCUUAUAGCUGUCGAUCAGUGGCGAUCUUAUUUGCAGCACGCUGAGUUUACUAUUUUCACUGAUCAGCGCAGUCUCAUGCAUAUUACUGAGCAACGACUUCAGACCCCUUGGCAAAUGAAACUCUACACUAAAUUGGUUGGGUUGCAGUUCCAGGUCGUUUACAAACCCGGGGUCUCCAACUUGGCCGCAGAUGCUCUGUCUCGGCAUCCAGAUCCCCCCGAACAUUUAAAUGCUAUCUCAGCUCCGUCCCACUCUUGGCUCGCUGAUGUUGCUGCUGGUUACAAUUUCGAUCCGUUCUCCAAGAAGCUGCUGCAAGACUUGGCUGUUGACUCUGCAAGUCACCCCCCCUACACCUUGCUACAAGGUAUUAUUCAUAUCGGAGACCGCAUCUAG